UAGCACUGGGCACCAGUAAACACCCAAAGGAACCUGCCUAGCACAACUAGAGCAAAGGCACCACCUUUGGGAAGGAUCCUUCUGCAGCUGAGCUGCCAAAACCGCAGUUAAGAAAUAGUAACUUUCUUUUUCAUCGAGCAGCUUGGACAAGAAAGCUUGCAAUAUUCACUGGUGUGGAAACUCUGAACCACCUUAGAAAGCCAGGAAAGGAAAUAAGAUAUUUACUAUGACCCUGAGCUGGAGCUGCUGAGAUGGACUGUCAGCACUGCAGCACAUAAACAAGGGGAUUUUUAACAGAACAUGAAUCCAGGAGAGAAAAUUUUCCAAGAAUACCUGACAAACCAGGGGACUGUGGUAAAGCCCUAUUGCUGGCAGACACUGAGCCAAACCUGUGCUAAGUGUCCCUACCACAUACGGACAGGUGAAGAAGCAAGAGUCCCCUACGAAGAGUUUCUCAGGGCCUUUGGAUUCCCAUACAGAAUCUCAGCACAUCCACAAACCCACCACCUUCUCUUCUACGAACUGAGGAGCUUCUGUGGCACUGUAGUCCAAAAAGGCCACGCCACCAGCUGUGCUGAGCAGGACAGCCACCCGGAAUCCAUACUGUUUGAGGCCGGCGGUUAUCUGGAUUCAGUGAUACGUGCCCACGGAAACACUGGCUGCAUCACCCUCUAUUCAAAUUACUCUCCCUGUAACGAGGCUUACCACUGCUGCAUAAGUAAAAUCUACAACUUCUUGCUGAAGCACCCAGAAACCACGCUCUGCCUCCGCUUCUCCCAGCCUUACCACGCCGAGGACAGCUUCCCCACGGCCGCGUGGAACCGCCAAGCCCUGCACAGCCUGGCCAGCCUGUGGCCCUGGGUCACGCUGCAGCCGCUGUCUGCGGAGACGUGGCAUCACCUCCUCUGCAACUUCGUGUAUGGCAUCCCGGGGUCAGCGCUUCAGCAUCCGGCUUCACCGCCAGCAACUUUAUCAGAUCAACAGAAUCCACAUCAAAUUAACUCAAGAGGAGUGAAAACCUAUUGCAGGAAAGCGUUUCCACAAGCAACACAAGGAGAGCCUGCUGUGCAGCAAAACCCAAAUGCCUUUUCUUUCCCUCGCCCUGCCUUCCAGCAGCCUUUACCAGCAACAAAGGGCAGUCUGCCACAUCCCGUGUCUCAGAGCUCCUUGGUGCUUUUCCCAGGGUUGUUUCUGCCCUUACAGAGGGAAUGUCUCCACCCCAGACCUAAAAAUAUUGUAAGGCAUUUAAAAAUGCCCAAGGAGUUAUUCAGUGAAAGUCGUAAUCCUGAAGUGCUGCUGGCCAGCAAGAACCUGAAGCGAAGGUGACAGAACGUGAACCACCUCCAGGCUGUAAAACCAAGAGCACGAACAGCCAAGAACCUCGCACUGAAAUCAUUUCUGAUGAACAUUAAUCCAGGGAACAACUGUGGAACUCGAAGAAUAACUUAUCAUGGGGAUACUGGUAUGAGUGCUGUGUUCAGUUCUGGUCAAGAAAGACAUGCAGGCCCUGGAGUAUGUCCAGAGAAGGACACAGAGCUGUGCGGGGUCUGGAGCACAAGUGUGAUGGGGAGCGGCUGAGGGAAUGGGAUGGGUCAGUGUGGAGAAGGGGAGCUCAGGGGAGACCUCAUCUAUCUCUAACUGCCUGAAAGGAGGCUGUGGUGGGGCGGGGUCGGCCUCCGCUCCCGGGUAACAGUGACAGGGUGAGAGGUGAUGGCCUCGAGUUGCCUGAGGUGAGUUUCAGGUUGGGUAUGAGGAAAAUUUCUUCUCAGAAGGAGCGGUGAGGCACCGGCACAGGCUGCCCGGGGAGGCGGGAGCCUAAAAGCAGCGCUCCCCUCACGGCUGAGGCGGCGGCUCCCGCCCCGUCACCACGGGAACCGCGCGCGGGCGGCGGGAAGCGCGCGCUGGCGCCGACCAAUGGCCGCUCGCCUCUCCCCGAG